AGUCGAUGGCAGAGAGACGUUUCGGUUUAAACACCUGAUUUUAUUUUUUUUUUUAGGAUUUUGAAGGCAGUUGAACUCUCGAGGAAUAUACUUUUGAAGGUGCAAAGAACAUAUUCCAGUUCCGACCACUGCCUUUUAAAAUACCACUGUGGUCCAUCGCGUUUUAACAAGGGCGUGUGGUUCCCAGGGAGUGACUCGUUUUUACCCGUGUAUGUGGGUACUGCAGAUAUUUUAUCACUUUAUUUUACAUUGUCUGGGGGAUUCGCUUGAGGAUGGGGUGUACCUUAAGCACGGAGGACAAGGCGGCGGUGGAGCGCAGUAAAAUGAUCGACAGGAAUUUGAGAGAUGACGGAGAGAAAGCAGCAAGAGAGGUGAAGCUGCUCCUCCUUGGUGCUGGUGAGUCAGGAAAGAGUACGAUUGUCAAACAGAUGAAAAUUAUCCAUGAGGCAGGUUACUCGGAAGAGGAGUGUAAACAGUACAAAGCUGUGGUCUACAGUAACACCAUCCAAUCCAUUAUUGCCAUCAUCCGCGCCAUGGGUCGACUCAAGAUCGACUUUGGAGACGCAGCACGAGCGGAUGAUGCAAGGCAGCUGUUUGUGCUGGCUGGCUCAGCGGAGGAGGGCUUUAUGACGUCAGAGCUGGCUGGAGUGAUUAAGCGCCUGUGGAAGGAUGGUGGAGUGCAGGCCUGCUUCAGUCGCUCCAGAGAGUACCAGCUCAACGACUCAGCAGCAUAUUACCUGAAUGAUCUGGACAGGAUAUCGCAGGCCACCUACAUUCCCACCCAGCAGGAUGUGCUCAGAACCCGAGUCAAAACCACAGGCAUCGUGGAGACUCACUUCACAUUCAAGGACCUGCAUUUCAAGAUGUUUGAUGUUGGAGGUCAGAGGUCCGAGAGAAAGAAAUGGAUCCACUGCUUUGAAGGGGUCACAGCCAUUAUCUUCUGUGUGGCACUGAGUGACUAUGACCUGGUGUUGGCAGAGGAUGAGGAGAUGAACCGAAUGCACGAAAGCAUGAAAUUGUUUGACAGCAUCUGCAACAACAAGUGGUUCACAGACACCUCCAUUAUUCUCUUCCUCAACAAGAAAGAUCUGUUUGAGGAGAAGAUUAAGAGGAGCCCACUCACCAUUUGUUAUCCAGAAUAUGCAGGAUCCAACACGUACGAGGAGGCUGCAGCCUACAUCCAGUGCCAGUUUGAGGACCUGAAUAAGAGGAAAGACACCAAGGAGAUCUAUACCCACUUCACGUGUGCAACUGACACCAAGAACGUGCAGUUUGUCUUUGACGCUGUCACUGAUGUCAUUAUCAAGAACAACCUGAAAGACUGUGGACUCUUCUAGAAGCUUCUUGGAACCUGGUGAAGCCAUCUCAUUGUGCAUACGUUGGGGGAAGAUUACAAGAUUAUGUGUGGGGAAAGUCAACCAUGGACCAGUGCUGUACUAUAUGCCACUUUUAUCAGCUUUAUUUAUGUUUAUGUCUUGGGACAUUUUAAAAGUAGCGUUAAAACAUUUGUGUAAGAUGUUUGUAUUAGGUAUCUGUCACAGCCAUUUUCCCCUCCUCAUGUUUUCAUUCUUUGUAAUGAAGGACUUUUUUUUGUUUGUUUGUUUUCCCUCUUGGAAAAGGAGACUUGCCUUUACUGGAAACUUUGUUCAUUUUCUCAAGGCUGUCGGGGAAGAAAAAGGAUUCUGUUUCCAGUUCAGUUUCUUGGUUCUCGUGCCUUCGCAUGCCUUUUCUGCGGUCCUUGUCAAAUGCUUGGUUUUUGCCUGCUGAGUAUCUUCAGUGUUGAAAUAUGUAAAUUUUCAUACUGUAUGUUACAAAUCUUCCCCUCUUAGAGCACAAACCUAAUCCCACUGUGUACAUGUGGAGGGGUGGGGGGCACUGUAAAUUUUGUAAGUGGUGGCCCAGAGCAACGUGUUUCCAUUGGGACCACCAGAAAGCCCUUAACCCCCUUCCUAGUAAGGCCUGUUCAGCUGUCAGAUGCUGCAAAAAGGUCUCUAUUAUGGUGACAAAUCUGUUGCAUUCUCUGUCAUAAAAUUGUACAGGCCAUUCAAAACCCAUUCAGUUUAGGUGUUGUAACCUGUCAAAGAGGUAAAGCUUUAUAAUAAGUCAGAGAGGGAGAGUUCUGUUGUAGUGUGUUUAAGAGAAGUAUGUAACGAGAGGAUGUUUUGAGAAUAUUCAAAGCAUAUAUGAGAUAUUAUGGUCAAACUGUGCUAGAGAGCCAUGGGAAUACAACAGCAAGUUAAACAAACAGGUAAACAAACACAGAAUAUUGAUAACUGCCACCACUGUGUCUGUGUGUGUUCUCCAUGUUUUGGGAACAUUUCUAGACUCCUUUCCCUUAUUUUGCUAAUAAAACACAUUUAC